AUCCCUCUCUUUCUGUCCUUCUCUCCGCCAAACCUGGGCCCACCACAGCCCUCGGUUCCUCCACCAAACCAAGGUGGGCCCCACCACCUCUCCUUUCUCCAACCUCUAGCUUGUACAGUCGCUCUCUCUCUCUCUCUCUCUCUCUCUGGAGGGGACAAGGCGUUGUAGAGUUGCGGCAGCCGCACGAUAAUUCGAUCCUCCAAAAAGUGCUGACCCUAUAAUCUCAGGCCCUCCAAUUACCAAAAAGAAGACAACCCACAUGUGGGGCCCACCACGUACAGAGGUCCACACAUUUCAAAGAGCAACGGCAGCCCUCCAAUUCACUCUAUCUCUCCCCUUUUGUAUAUAAAUUCCAACCCCAAACCCUUCCCUGUCUCUCACACCGACAGUCGUGUUGCAUUUCACUUCUGUUUUUUUUUUCCUUUUCUUCAACUGUUGCCUGUCUUUAACUAAUCUCUGUCUUGUUUUUUCAUUUGGGUGCCGUUGAUAUCUCAAUAUUCUUCAGUUUCUUCAUCUGGGUGUCUUUGAUUUUUCCAUUUUUCUAUCAAUUUCAAUCGGUCUUUCAUCUGGGUGUUUUUGAUUUCUCAAUUUCAAUCCGUUUUUUCAUCAGGGUGUCUUUGAUUUCUCAAUUUCAAUCGAUUUUUUUUCAUCUGGGGUCUUUGAUUUUUUUCGUUCCUAUUCGGUUUCUUAAUCUCGGUGGGAUUUCUCAAUAUAUUCCUUUUUAAUCUCUCUCUCUCUCUCUCUCUCUCUCUCUCUCUCUCUCUCUCUCUCUCUCUCUCUCUCUCUUAAUGGGCGCCUUGGAUGAGGGGCAUCUCGACGAGGAGCUGGAGUAUGGAGUGAAGCUAGGAUUUGUAGAGCUUGGUUCGGAUAAUGAACUAGAAACAGCUGCUAUCGAGGAUGCUGUGAAGGUUCUAUUGCAGGGUUUGGGGGAGGAUUCCAGUAGAGAAGGUCUCAGGAAGACACCUCUGCGUGUCGCCAAGGCCCUCCGUGAAGGAACCAAAGGUUACAGACAGGAGGUCAACGAUAUCGUCCGUGGUGCAUUGUUUCCAGAAGCUGGCUUGGAUGGUGCGGUCGGCCAUGCAGGUGGGGCCGGUGGGCUCGUGGUGGUUCGAGACAUAGACCUCUUCUCAUACUGCGAAUCUUGCUUGCUUCCAUUCAAGGUCCAAUGCCAUGUUGGUUACGUCCCGUCCGGGCAACGAGUUGUGGGCCUAAGCAAGCUUUCAAGGGUGGCAGAUGUAUUUGCCAAGAGGCUACAAGAGCCUCAAAGACUCGCGGAUGAAGUGUGUGCGGCUUUGCACGACAGCAUCAAGCCAGCUGGUGUCGCUGUGACCCUAAGAUGUUGGCACAUCCAGUUCCCAUUGGCAGAAAGGAGCAGUACGAACCUGAGCCACCCGACAAAAAGGGACAUGCAAGGAUGGGCCCAGGUUUCCGUAUUUUCCCGUUCUGGAGUUUUUGAACAUGAAAACAGUGAUUCUUGGGGCGACUUCUCAGCUCUUCUCAAGUUCAGAGGUGUAAACAUGGAGCUGGACCCGACACAAUCAUCUGUCAGCCAAUGUUGGUGCCCAUCUAGGCAUCAGGAGGUGCCGACGUGCAACGGGCAUUCCGUGAGGAACCAAUCGAACGGUAGGAUUUCUGCCAAACAAGGAUCAGCCCAUCCUGCCAUGAUCACUGCAGUAGCUUCGAUACUCCACUCGUUGGGUGAAGACCCUUCAAGGAAAGAGCUCGUGGGCACCCCUCAUCGCUUCGUGCAGUGGCUGAUGAACUUCAAGAGAUCCAACAUGGAGAUGAAGCUGAACGGCUUCAGUUUCUGCCGAAUGGCCCCACAAAAUCUCAAUCUGCAUAACAGAACAGGUCAUGUUGGCUGUGAUCGAAAUGCAGUCCAAUCGGAGCUGAACCUCCCGUUCUGGUCGCAGUGCGAGCAUCACCUUCUGCCAUUCCAUGGUGUGGUGCAUAUAGGCUACUUCCAUGCUGAAGAAUCUGAAGUUGUUGAGCGGCCCAUCUUGCAAUCGAUAGCACAUUUCCAUGGCUGCAAGCUCCAAGUGCAAGAGAGGCUCACCCGGCAGAUUGCAGAAACGGUUUCUUCUAUUGUGGGCGGAGAUGGCGUAAUGGUGGUGGUGGAAGCCAACCACAUCUGCAUGAUCUCGAGAGGGAUUGAGAAGGUGGGAAGCAGCACGGCCACGAUCGCUGUAUUGGGUCAGUUUUCAACGGACCCGGUGGCCAAGGCAAUGUUUCUACAGACGGUUUCAAACAGCACGGCUCCUGGGGGAUGAACUCAAGGGCAUUCCUCUUCAUUUCAGUUUUCAUUCUCAUAUCUUAUUUGAAAUAUUUGCCUUGGUUUUUUUUCUCCCUGGCGGGCCCCACCGGCCGUGACCAGAAUAAGUUCUAAUCAGGUAGCCUAACCUUGCUUGAAUGGGUGGCAAUCUGCAA